AUGAGGACAAUCAUACUCAGAUCUCAAUUCCACUUCCCAAAGCUCACCAAUCUCACUCCCCCUAGUGCAAACCCUCCCUUUCGCUUCCAUAUAAGCCCCACAUCACAACUAAAAUAUCCAACAAAACAAUCUUCUUCACAUUUUUCUUCACAAUCUACAAUCCUCCCUAGACAGAACACUGAUAUAGAAAAGACCCUAAUCUAUGAAGUUGUACCCAAAUCUCAGAAAUUCUCAGGAGGAGAGUUUUUUCAAGUUAUUCCAGCUGAAUAUUCAAGGAUUGUGAUUUUGGGAGCUGUGUCUUUGGGAUUGGCACUGUUUCUUAUGGGUAUUGAUGAUCAAAAGGCAUUGGCUUUGGGUCCAGAAGGGCCACUUAUGGAGGAGUUUUGGGACAACAUGAGGAGAUAUGCACUUUAUGCCUUGACAGUCAGUACAGGCUUUGCUUACACUCUAUUUGAGCCUAUAUUCGAGCUGUUGAAGAACCCCAUCUCUGCAAUUCUCAUUCUGACCAUCAUUGGGGGCAGCGUUUUCAUUGUUUCACAAGUUGUUUCAGCCAUGGUUGGUGUCACGGAUUUUAAUUAUGAGUAUGGCUAUUAA